AUGAACAUGUUCACACGUUCUGACGAUGGAGCGGAGGAUUUCAGACUCUAUCAUUAUGACCCAACAGUGGUCGGUGCUGUUAUAUUCACCAUCCUGUUUCUAGCCACAACUCUCCUCCAUUCAUGGCAACUUUUCCGAGGACGAUCUUGGUUCGUCAUUCCACUGACCCUCGGUGGUCUUUUUCAAGUUAUUGGAUACGCCGCGAGAGCAAAGUCUGGUAAUGAGAGCCCCAAUUGGACCCUCGGCCCUUAUAUCAUACAAAGCAUUCUCCUCCUCGUAGCCCCUGCGCUUUAUGCUGCAACGAUUUAUAUGGAGCUUGGUAGAAUUGUUCUGAUGAUAGAUGGUGAAGGCCGUGUUUUGAUCUCCAAGAAGUGGAUGACCAAGGUCUUUGUUACUGGAGAUGUGCUAUCAUUUAUCCUGCAGGCAGGAGGCGGUGGCUAUCAGUCGUCUGGUACAAUCGACGCUCUCAGAGCCGGAGCCAAAAUCAUCAUCGGCGGUCUCUUCGUCCAACUCCUCUUCUUCGGCGUUUUCAUUGUCAUUGCGAUCGCUUUUCAUCGCGCAAUCAGCGCCAACCCGACUGCCCGCUCCUCAAGCGGUAUUCCAUGGCAGAAGCACAUGCUUGCUCUGUACAUUGGAAGUUUCCUUAUCAUGGUGCGGUCUAUCUUCAGGGCCGUGGAGUAUCUGCAGGGCUUCGACGGCUACCUGCUCAAACACGAGGCCUACCUGUACAUCUUUGAUGCCUGUCUCAUGUUCUUUGUCAUGAUCCUGUUCAACUAUUUCCAUCCAUCUGAAAUUACUGAGAUCUUGAAUGGAAGGGGUGCUGGUAAGAGCUACAGCAUGCAUGCGUUUACCGAGGUUUAG